CUUUCCAUCAAUGCUUUUGACUAUAACUGUCACUUGGAUCUGAUAAAGCUGCUGCGCCAGGAGGGAGAGCUGGUGAAGCUCAGAAGAGCUCGUCAGAAGAUGAGUGAACUCUUUCCACUCACUGAAGAAAUCUGGCUGGACUGGCUGAAGGAUGAGAUAAAAAUGGCUUCUGAAAGCUCGGAGCGAGAGAAGGUUUAUGAGCUGUUUGAGAGAGCUGUGAAAGACUACAUCUGUCCUGAAAUUUGGUUGGAAUAUGCCCAGUACUCAAUUGGUGGCAUUGGUCAGGAAGGAGGAAUGGAGAAGGUUCGCUCGAUAUUUGAGAGAGCGUUAACUGCCGUGGGGCUGCACGUGACGAAGGGAGCGGCUCUGUGGGAAGCCUACCGGGAGUUUGAGAACGCCAUCCUGGAAACAGCACAGCCAGCUCCUGGCAGCAUUCCAUCUCCUGAGCAGCAGCAGAUGCUCUGCAGCCAGCUUGAGAAGAUCCACACGCUGUUCAGGCGCCAGCUGGGGAUCCCGCUGUUAGAUAUGGAGGCUUCAUAUGCUGAAUAUGAGGAAUGGUCAGAAGAUCCAAUUCCAGAAACAGUAAUCAAGAGUUACAAAAAAGCUCUACAGCAACUGGAAAAGUGUAAACCAUACGAAGAGGCACUGCUGGGUGCUGAAACACCAAAGCUGGCAGAAUAUCAAGCUUACAUUGAUUUUGAGAUGAAAGCAGGUGAUCCAGCUCGCAUUCAGUUGAUCUAUGAGAGGGCUUUGGCUGAGAACUGCCUUGUGCCAGAUCUUUGGGCACGCUACAAUCAGUAUUUGGAUCGGCAGCUGAAAGUGAAAGAACUGGUGUUGUCUGCUCACGACCGUGCUGUUAGGAACUGUCCCUGGACGGUUGGGCUGUGGAUUCGAUAUCUUCUGGCGAUGGAGAGGCAUAGAGUUGAUCACAGCACUAUUUCUGAAAUGUUUGAAAAAGCUCUGAAUGCAGGUUUUAUUCAGGCAACAGACUAUGUAGAAAUCUGGCAGGCAUAUCUUGAUUACCUAAGAAGAAGAGUGGAUUUUACACAAGACUCUAGUAAAGAACUAGAAGAGCUGCGAUCUGCCUUUGCACGUGCUGUGGAGUAUUUGAAACAAGAAGUAGAAGAGCGAUUCAGUGAAAGUGGAGAUCCAUCCUGCACCAUCAUGCAGAACUGGGCAAGAGUUGAGGCCCGCUUAUGUAACAACAUGCAGAAGGCCAGAGAGCUCUGGGACAACAUUAUGACUAAAGGGAAUGCCAAAUAUGCUAACAUGUGGCUGGAGUAUUAUAACCUGGAAAGAGCUCACGGUGAUACUCAGCACUGCAGGAAGGCCUUGCAUCGAGCUGUGCAGUGCACAAGUGACUACCCAGAGCAUGUCUGUGAGGUGCUGCUCACGCUGGAGAGAAUAGAAGGAACACUGGAAGACUGGGAUGCAGCUGUUCAAAAAACAGAAAACAGAUUAGCUCGAGUUAAUGAACAAAGAGCAAAGGCUGCUGAGAAAGAAGCUGCUCUGGCAAAGCAGGAGGAGGAGAAAGCUGAACAACGAAAGCAGGCUCGGGCAGAAAAGAAAGCUUCCAAAAAAGCUAAAAAAACCAGGAUUGGAGACAAGCGCAAAGCGGAUGAUGCUGAUGAGGGUGAAUGGGGACAAGAAGAAGCAGAGCAGCCCAGCAAGAGGCACAGGGGAGAGGGUGAUGGUGUACUUCUCGAAGAAGACAUGGAGGUAGAAACUGGGCUGUUUGGAAGAAGUGGACCUGAAAAGCCAGAUUGCCCAGCAAACCAAAAGGAAAAGGCAUCUACCAGUCGAAAAGACAUCCCCAAGGUUUUACACGACAGCAGUAAAGACAAGGUCACUGUCUUUGUCAGCAACCUUUCCUACAACAUGUCAGAUCCUGAAGUGAAACUCAAAGAGCUCUUUGAGAGCUGUGGGGAGGUAGCAGAAAUCCGUCCAGUUUUCAGCAACAAGGGAACUUUCCGGGGUUACUGCUAUGUAGAAUUCAAGGAAGAAAAAUCUGCUCUCCAAGCUCUUGGCCUGGAUCGUAAAGUGGUGGAGGGAAGGCCCAUGUUUGUUUCCCCAUGUGUUGACAAGAACAAGAAUCCAGACUUUAAGGUGUUCAGGUAUAGCACUACACUGGAGAAACAUAAACUAUUUAUCUCUGGUUUGCCAUUUUCUUGCACUAAGGAAGAGCUGGAAAAUGUGUGUAAAGCACAUGGAAAUGUGAAAGACAUCCGGCUGGUCACCAACCGAGCUGGAAAACCCAAGGGCCUGGCCUAUGUGGAAUAUGAAAAUGAAGCUCAGGCCUCGCAGGCUGUGCUGAAAAUGGAUGGCCUGACAGUUAAGGAACACGUCAUCAAGGUGGCCAUCAGUAACCCUCCCCUGCGAAAGCUGCCGGACAGGCCGGAGGCGGGCAGAGCCUCACAGUUUGCGGUGCCACGACAGGUUUAUGGAGCGCGAGGGAAGGGAAGGACACAGCUUUCCAUGAUGCCUCGUGCGUUACAGCGCCAGGGUAAUCCUGUGGCUAAGGCUGAGAAUGGGAUGGUCCAGAACUCACCAGCAACUUCAUCUGAACCCCAUGAGGAGCCUAAGAAGAUGUCCAAUGCUGAUUUUGCCAAGAUGCUACUGAAAAAGUGAGCAAAAAAAAAAAAGUCUGCAGUCAAUCAGCAGGUCUGGUAAAAUGUGAAAUGCCUUUAUGGAAGCCAUGUUGUGUCCUUAUGCUAGCGAGGAGAGAACGCCAGUCGCAGUCGUGUGUAAAUACUGUCCUGGACUACUGCAUUCAGAGAUCAGUGUAGGAUGGAACAAAUCCAGUUGUUUUUCCUCUUGUUUCUAUACUAUAUUCUGGUAAAAUGGCGUUUAUAUGAU